GAGGCCAAACAUCCCAGAGGUUCCAGCCAAGAAAACACACGUAAAUCCUUCAUCCCGCAUUCACGUCUUGGUCCAUCACACGAACACAUCCUCCCUCUAUAUUUUCAAGUAGCAGAAACAUUUGGCCUCUAGAGACGCAAGGUUUUUGCGAGCGAAACCAACGAACAAUUCAACAACGCCUCGAAGUCCGCACCCGCAGUCUUAGACCGCAGCUGUCAGCCAAACACACCUCCCAGCCAAACCAACCUUAAGAUGCGCUUCUUCACGACCGUUGUCGCAGUCCUCGCUGCUGCCCACGGCGCUUUCGCCGUAGAUAUUCAAAAAGAUAUUAUCAUCACAUUCCCAUCGGGAACGGCCGAUGACAUUGUCAACCGUGCUAUGGUCGAUAUUCGCAAGGCGGGUGGCAUGAUCACGCACGAAUACCAGCUUAUCAAGGCUUUCGCAGCCAAGGCACCGCAAAAGGUGGUCGAGUCGGUGACGGCAUGGAGCGCUGAAUACAAUGCCGUGAUUGAAGAGGACAACAUGGUCAAGAUUUCCAACGACAUCUCCUAGGAAAUCUUCUUGGUUCCUGCCAACAACGAAUCGCACCUUCUUCUCUCUGGGCCAACGAUACAGAGGAAAGAUAAGCGAUUUGUACGAACCCCUUCACAAACCAUGAUGGAAACGAAGGAUAAAUACCAUCGCUUGAGGCGAUGCUUUCGAAUAUGGGCCGCAGAAACAGCCUUCUUGCGGAUUGAUUUUGGUGUUAGGAGGCUUUGGGGUUUGGCUGGAUAGGACACAGUGUUUAGAAUAUAAAUAUAGUCUGUUUAUUACAGAAAAUGGAAUACGGUGCUAUGAGGCGCAUACAAAAUGGACCUGUUCUGCCCGAGCCACUUUACAGAUGGGCGGCAGAUCGUCAAGGUGCUGCGGGAUAGACAGGGAUAAUAUCCCCAAUUGAUGCUAGUGCUUGGCAGAUACUACGAAGAUGGAAGAACAGCUCGUAG